AUGAGGCGCUACAAAAAGUAUCAGCAGGGCCCACGGCUUUGCCCCAGCAGGUCUGAGGAUGAGGAUGACCUCACUGAUGAGACACCAUCGAUAGAGCGCGCAUCGGACCAGGAUGAAGAUUGGCAAAUAUUGCUUCGAACACAUAAAGACAUCCCUUGCAUCAACUUCCAUAGCUUGGAGAUUCUGCGCCGUGAGAGAGAGGAUUGCUUUGCAUGCGAGCUUAGAUAUGCAUUGAGUAUGGGCUGGAAAUUCACGAGGUCGACAUUGAUGUUUGCUGUGGAAUUUGACCCGAGCUGGAUGUUGGAUUGGCCGAGUCCCGACUUUGAUAUCCUUCGUGAGGCCAGUGUCCGGGGCAUGCUUACUCGUCUCCUAGUGGAAUCCCUGAACGAGGAUGAUAGGUGCCUUAUUUGGUUGAUAGACCGCAGGGCCGCGCCACAGGAAACAUCGGCGUCAGAGGAGGCGCCUGGGGAGAUUUUCUACGAUAUGGAGCAUGACUAUGUUGAGCCGCUAUUUGAAGCAGAGGAUGUGUCCGAAUUUAUCUAUAAGAUUGGAAACCCUGCGGACUACAUCGACCACGAUAGAAGAUACGACGCUUUGUGGGAGGACCCUUAUGGCUACGACUAUCGUGGGUGCUUUGACGUUAAGGAACAUGUCAAAGUUCUUGUUCGCCGCGGUGGCACAUAG